GGCAACCAUGCAUGGAUGGCGGGCAAGGGGAACAUCCUGCACGACUCGCAGGAGCCGGAGGAGCGUCCGGUGGGCUGGAAGGCCGAUUUGCUGGCCAAGGUGCUGGCCGCCGUCUCGGCCGUCAGCUUCUCGGUCUUCGUGUUGGCCCUGAUGGCCGUCACCGAUCCGCUGACCGCCUCCGUUCUCGGCCGCUUCCGCGCGUCCACCUGCGUGCUAGUGCAGUCGGACGUCCACCGUGGCGCCACUCUCUGCCGCGGAUGGAGCUCCUGCAAGAAUCUGUGCGCCGAUCCGCCCGUCCUCUACAACUGCUUCCACCUCGUCGUCCGAGUCUUUCCCCAAAACGACACUACUCUGCCCGUCACCGAACAGCCCAACCGCACCCUCGACCUGAUUGACGUCGAGACCCUGGACCCUGACAUCAACCCCCAGAUGUCGGCCAGGCUCCAGCUUUUCCCGCCAAGCCUCGAGAUCUUCGGCUACAAGAUCUACGGCGCCGACAACACGUCCGCUCAAGAAGAAGAGCAGGAGGAGGGGUUCGCAGUGCGUUUUUUCGUGAACGCGGCCGGUUGCGGCUACGGACUGAACUGCUCGUCGUUCCAGCAGCGCUUCGCUUCGGUUGGCUCGAGUUUUCCGUGUCUGUACAGCCGGCUGCUGAACCGCACGAUGCCGAUGGACGAGAUGGUGUCGGAGGAGGACGUGUGGGUGGCGUCCAUGGUGGCGCCUGCCGUGCCGGCCGUCGUCUCGAUGGCGUCGCUGGCCUACCUCUGCAUCAGGGGCCACUGCGACCUGCCGCGGCUGGUGCCCAGGAACGUGCUCAUCCGCAUGAUCAAGCGGCGGCGGACGCGAAUCCGCAAACAGAUCCGCCUCAUGCAGAAGCGCGGCAGCAUCCGCAGUAAUUUCAGCCUGAAAAGCAGCGCGGCGCCGGACACGCCGCAGAGCCUCGAGUGGAAAAAACGGCCGCCGCCCAGCCUCGCUGUCCACCUCGCGGACGACAAACCUCCUGAGCAGGACCUCGUCGUCCAAGUGGUCUAGACACUCCUCUUACACAGACUGUCACUGUGCUUUUUUCUACAGUGCUCGCAUUUUAAUUAAAUCGUAUUUCUAAAUUAUUUUUACUGAAGUUGAAAUUUUAAGAUUGUCUUUGACGAAGUUUCUGAGCACACCAAUCGAUUCUUGAUGGUUGAAUUAGGGGAAGUGGAACUUUUUUCGACCAAAAAGUGCAGCGCGACGUGCGUAGCCCAAGUAGAACUUUUUUACCGCCAAAAUAAUAUGUAUGAACCUAUAUGCGAGAGCUGCGCAUGCGUCAGAGCUGGCUGGAUCUGACCAAGAAGUCAUUCGUACAGGCGGUCUCUCUGCAAGUAACCAGCUCUGACGCGUGCGCAGUUCUCGUAUAAACGUUCACAUUGUUUUGGCGGGAAAAAAGGUUCGCACGUCGCGCUGCACUUUUUGAUCUGAAAAAUAUCCACUUUACCUAAUUCGACCCUCAAGAAUCGAUUGGUGUGCUCAGAAACUUCGUAAAAGAUGGUCUCGAAGGAAUUUUGAGAAUAGAACAGUAGUAAAAAUUUAAGAUUUUAAAUAAAAAUAGAUUGAUUCAGGGAUUAGCCACGGUAAACAUUAAAAUUUUCUGUUCUCCUUGCAAAAAAUUUUAGAAUUUCAAAACCAAUAUUACUCUAAGAAUUAUAAAUACUCAUCCUGCAUCCUAAUAAUCAAUCUCCAUUUGCUAAAAGAAAUAAUAAACAUAAUACAUUAUCGAAUUGAGCAAACAGAGCAGACAUAAAUAAUUCUAUAAAAUGUUUGUUAACUGUAAUAACUUUUAGACCAGAGAGUGAUGAUGAACUGAACUGAUAAAAAGCACAUAACGGUCUAAAGCCAGUCAUAUAAUUUUUCCCAAGAUUGCACAACAACAGUAUAGCCUCAUUUUAACCCUUAAACAUUGUAAUAACCAGAUGAGCCUUACAAACUUGUACGCUUGAUAAUCAUUGAACCAUUCUAUAAAUCGUAAAACAUAAAAAUUUUAGGAUUGUCUUUUAAAAAUAUAAAACGCCCUAGUUUAACGCUUGGAAGGCAUGAAAAAGGACCAAUUCUUCGCUAAAAUUUAUAUUUUUAUUUAUCACUGCACAAAACACUUUGAUAAUGAGCUGCAUUUCACAAAAUUAAAUUUAGUUAUGUAAAUCUAUGCAGUCUUUUAGCGAGUGAGCCGCCCAUUACUUAAUUACCAUGUUUAUGAUCCUAUCUCUCGUGUCUUGUGCGCAAACUUCGCGUGCAUUUUACUCGAUUUGAAGGUUCAUUAGCACGCGCAAGAGACAGUUCAUGAUAAUUAUCUGAAAUAUUUAGUAAUAUAAAAUGCAAUAUACCAACUCCUCUGCUAACGAGUUUUGUGAAUUUUUAAAGUGCCUCAUCUUGAUAUGAAAGUACACAAAUCCAUAAUUCUGGUGGAAACUGUUAUACGAUUUGAACAUGAAUGUAUAAAAUAAAAAUCUAUCAUGUUUGUAAUCAUGACGAAAUUUUACGUUUCGAUGCAAUGAACAAAAUAGCAACGUGAUUUCAUGUGUAAGAUUAUAAAUAUUGUUUUGAUUAUUUUUGUCCAAGUUAAUUGUUGAUGAAUUAAUAAAUUUUAUUUUAAACCCCUA